AUGGCCGACGCACAACGCUACGGUGUCCCGGCCGACUUUGACGUCGACCUGCACUCCAUCUAUGCCGCCUACCUAGGCGACUUUGACAGCCAGAACAUCGACUGGUGGGAUGCGUCGUGGGGUGGCUACUUUCGCUCAUUCAACGACUUUCUCGGCUUUGGCUGGGAAGCCAUGGUGGUUGUCGACGUCAUCACAGGACGUGGCCACAUCGCAGCCCGACGCGAACAAAUUGCCCUCUUUGCACGCAUGAUCAAGACUCGCUUUGGUGAGACACUCGACAAGGAGCCUCCUUCCCUGCUUCCUAUCGAGCCCGCGCCGUCACGUAGUCGCACACUCAACCGUCUUGUCACUCUCACCGACCUCAACCAGUACAAGAAGCUGUCCGGGUCUCUUGCGCCCGCCGAACUCAACCACCUGCGUGCGCGAGUCCGUGCCGGCGAGCCUGGGGUGAUCGGCGCACUCUUCCACGCUGGUUCUCCCGAGGCAGACGGAUACGCGGCAUCGGCCGGCGUCCGUACUAACGGUCAGGGCUACACCUGGACGGCCAUCAAGACCACUUGGUGGGAGAAGGGUGGACCUCCUCAAGGCUUCGUGCCCGGCCAUGGUCGCACGGUCAUGGCCAAGCCAGGUCAAGGUGGCAAGGGCCUCAUGCUCGAGGUCGGACUCGCUGCCUUGCGAUGUGCCAACCUGCGCGCAGUGGACGUUUGGCCACCUGUGCCAGACAAGAACUACCGCAAGGCGCACUACGUCAUUGAAGAAUGGGUUGACAAGCGCACGAAUGUGGAGCGCCCCAACUUUCCUCGAGCAUUCGGCUUUGGCCGCAGCCAGUUUGUGUCUGAAAAGAGUGUGGAACGCAUCGUCGAUGCAUCGCUCGGCGCGCUGGCUUCCCACGAUGUCGACGGGGGUUCCAACACGCUCGUUCUCCUCACCAUUGGCGAGCCGCAGCCCAUCCCGCUGCCGUCCUCGACGCAGCUGGCGAUGAACGUUCUUCAGCUUGAUGUCCUCCAGCUCGAGUUCGCACUGCUUCAGCAGGCGCAACGCCAGGGCGUUCCAGGCGUUGGCGACCGUCGCCAGCCCCUCCAGUCGUUGCGACAGCUCCUGCACCACCUCCAGAUUCCCGUCGCCCCCCAUGCCCCACUGGGCAACGCGGGUAACGAGGCGUUUUACACUGUUCUGGCCUUCCAGAAGCUCCUCAUGCGCGACACUCGACUCCCGGACCAGCUGUUCAUGCAGCCUCAGUUUGUUCAGCCCGAGUACUUUGCACCGCCUCCUAUUCCUCAGUAUGCUCCUGCCGCCCCUUACUCGCCCUACGGAAACCUGCCCAUGCCCCCGCCCCUCGGUGCCACGGGCCGCAUGAACUCUAGCCCGUCGCUUAACCGCACGUCGUUGCCACCCAUUAGCACCAACGAUUUCGAACCGCCGUCCUUUCCUGCCCCCCUCUCUCGCCAGGCCACCGGCGAGUUAGCGUCCGGGCGCGCCCGCCCAGCCACGAUGGCCGUGAGCACCGAGUUUACAAACGCCAACGCAGCACCUCGUCAACCUGGGCGUGGAGGAGCAGCAGCAGCAGGAGGCAUGCCGCGCUCACAGACAGUGUACUGGGACGACGCCGAGUACUCGUCGUCGGGAAGUGAUUCUCGCGGCAGUCGCGCCCGUCAAAAGGAAGGCAACUCGCCGACCUUGAUGGAGCAGCCUCGGGUCCAGGGACGUGGCAGUGGGUCUGUGCCGCCCAGCAGCCUUCGUCACUCGCAGGUGUUCUCCAACGGCGGCCUCACAAAUGGCAACGGUAACGGCGGCUUGGCCAACUCGCGCUCAGUCUCCUUCCACGAAGAUCGUCGUCCCCCGACCAUCCGAAGCCAGGGCUCGAGCAGUGGCCAGAGCAAGGACUCUGCCAGCCUCGUUGGCUCGCGUUCCAACAGCGGCACCGCGCUCGGCCCCAGCGGCCUGUCCUCGCUUGCACACGCCUCGCAAGGCUCGGGCGGCUCGGGAUCGGGCUCGGCGUCUUCGGGUCUCGCCUCUGAGGCGAGCUCCAAGGUCUCGACUGACGGUGACGGCACCCUGUCCAAGAAGAAGAGCGACAAGAACGUCAAGCAUAUCACUGGAGCUCUUGCAAAGUUCUGGGUAGACUAG